AUGACCAUUACACGUUUUAAAGGAGCUCUAAGUCAGGCUAUAUGGAACACAUGAUUUAUUUCAGAUCAGGAAAGUCCAGUUCUUAGGGAGAUAUAUUUAACAUAGAAAAAAAUAACUAAAUAUAACUGGCUUUCCUAACGGCAGUCAGUUGUAAAACACAGUACUAACCCACCUAUUGGAAAUGGAAAUAAAGUACUCUGUACUUAUACGCACGAAAAUUAAAAAAAAAGUCAGAAUUCGUCAUAACCACAUUUAUUCAGUGCAACACUUCCUGUUCCUUGAGGUAUAUAUAUCCUUUGGAUUCCUUAAAUUUGAGAAAAAGGUGAACAGAGAGCUAAAGAUAUUGAAAGGAAAUAAUACUCCUUACGACUCGCAAGGUUUCCCCGUAACAGACCACAAUGAAAUCAGCAACUCUUCAACAAUUUCCGCUUUUGCUGCUGUUUGCCAUUUCAAGUACAUCAGCUGUACAUGUAAUAAUCACUCCUCCUCAAUACUUUCAUCUGGAUCGUCUCACCUCUCAAGGCUUAUUUUGCAACCAAUGCCCACCAGGUACUUAUGUCAAAUCUCACUGCACAGCAAAAAAGAGAACAGAGUGUGCACCCUGUCCAGAUGAACAUUAUAACGAGGCCUGGAAUGCAGAAGAAGAGUGUCAGUUUUGUGAUGCUUUUUGCAAGGAGCUUCAGUAUGUUAAACAGGAAUGUAACAGCACUCACAAGAGGAUAUGUCAGUGCCAAGAGGGAUACUACCUUGACAUAGAAUUUUGUUCUGAACAUACAAAAUGUUUACCUGGAUUUGGUGUAGCAGCAAAAGGUACACCUGUGAGUGACACAGUCUGCUUUAGAUGUCCUCAGGGAUUCUUCUCUAACACAACCUCUGCCACAGAUGUAUGUGAGAAGCAUACAAAUUGCACUCAGCUGGGCUACAAAUUUGUUGCUAAAGGUAAUGCAACACAUGACAGCUUUUGUAGCAGGAAGAGUACUAUAUACAAUCAUCCUUCAGAUGUCUUCCAGAAGAGCAAAACAGAUAAAAGACUGUGUGAAGAGGCUGUCUAUAAGUUUAUUGUUCCUGGAGAACUAACAGCUGACAAAAUGAAUAUACUGGUGAGCAUCUUACCUGGGAGGAAACUUAAUAACAAGGACACUGAAAGGAUAACUCAGACCUAUCAAUUCCAGGAGCAGAUGUUUCAAGUACUGAAACUGUGGAAACAUAAAAAUGAAGAUAACGAUGUAGUUAAAUAUAUUGAGCAAGGAAUCCACCUUUGCAGAAGGAUUUUGUCUGGCUAUGCUGGAUGUAAGAAUAUUACAUUUCAGAAUAUAAACAUGAUGAUACAGAGUGCUCCAUUGAAGAAAGCAGGAAAGGACGCUAAGCCAUUUAUGAAAACAUGUAGCUCCAGACAACAUGGUGCACAGUUGCUGAGUAUGUGCCGGUUAAACACCGAGGACCAAGAUGAACUUAAAGGGAUCACACAAGGAAUAAAGCAUCUAGGAAAACCCCUCCCAAAGACAUUUUUCCGUGGUAUCAGGAAGUUGAUUAGAGUCCUCCGCAGUUCUGCCUUAAAUGACUUUUACCAAAAGGUGUGGCUUGAAAUCACCCAGGACCACAAAUGCAAUCCAUGAAGACUUGUGUCACAUUAGACAAGCUUGUCAUAUCCUUGCACUCUCUAUAAUAAAGUGCAUUCAUGUUUGAAUGCCUUUAAUAUAACUAAGAUACAGGAUUCCCAAAGGAUUACCAUUAUACAGUUUAUAUUGUUUAUUUUUAUUUUUGUGAACUGUUUGCUGUGUGUGUACAUAUGUGUGUAUGUGUUUGUAUCUUUGGCAUUUUUUUACUGCAAGAAUGCAUUUCAAAGUAGUUUAGACAGACAAUUUGACAAAGCUCAUUUCUUAAGGGCAGAUGUGGGAAGUUAUAAAAAAUAUGCAUACUUAACUGUGCUGUUGCUGUUAAUGCAUUGAGUCAGACUGUGCCUCAUUCUCAGAGUGCAUCUAUAUUUGACACAAGACCCCAUUUUGUAUUUCAUUCACAAUAAUGUAAUAUUUUUUCCAGAAUAAUCAGAUGUUUUGCACAUGGCAUAUAAAAGGUAAUAUUAUGUAUACUAACCUUAGACUGUGCAAAAAUGCGUGAUUACUAUCGUUAAAGCUCAGUCCAGUCCAGAAUUUGGAAAAUGAACCACAAAAGACAUGAUGCCUCUUGUUAAUUAACAGUAGUUAUAUGUAAUAUUUAAAUACAUAGACCAUUGUAUAAUUAUUUUAAAUUCGUAAUUUUUGUAAAACCAUUGAAAUCAAGCACAUUUAAAGAAGGUAUUGCAUUGCUUAUUUAUUUAAUUUUUAUUUUUUACCACUACUUCUCUAACAAAUAUCACAUCUGAAUGAAGUUUUCUUAGCCAGUGUAUAGAGUAUCUUUUAUUUAACAUAUUUGUUUGUGUGAAUCUAUAUUUUGUGGUAUUUAAGGUAAAGCUGAUAUACAUAUAAACUAGAAGAUAAGCUCUAAUACUUUUAUUAUUUUUAUCUAUCUUAUAAUUCCAUGGGAAAUGAAACAAGUAGGUAGAAUAGUGGGUUGCUUAUAUUGUGAGGUAUUAAACAAAUAUACUUGGCCAAACUGCAACUUCUAAAGAAAAUAUUGGCAGAAAAGACAGAAAGAAGUAAUAUAUUACUUAAAGCAGUCGUUUUAUCCAUAUACAAUUCAUAGAUGUAUGUAAUAUGCUAUUGUUAUUUGGCUGACAUUCUUUAUUUAUU